AUGUCUUCAUUUAAUGGGAUCCCGUUUCCUUCAAUAGACCGUCCUUUUGGCGUGGAAAUCUUCCCCCAUGUGGAGAAGAUAUUUCGUUUCCUGUCAAACGGGCAUUUCGUUAUGUCCGAAUUUGAAUUCGUGCAAGAUGAGACCUUUCUCUCCACCCCGUACCCCGUGUUUGCGGCCAUCGUUGUCUAUUACACCGUCAUUUUCGGCGGAGACAAGCUCAUGAAGUCUUUUAACGUUAAACCCUUUGUUUUGAAUGGAUUGUUUCAAAUCCAUAACUUGUUUCUAACAACUCUGUCUUUGACAUUGUUGUUAUGUUUUAUAGAACAAUUAGUUCCACAGAUUUACUAUAACGGCCUCUUCUAUGCCAUCUGCGAUGAAAGAGCAUGGACACAGAAAUUGGUGGUUUUAUAUUACAUGAACUACCUUACAAAAUACUUGGAAUUCAUUGAUACCGUCUUUCUUGUUCUGAAACAGAAGAAAUUGACCUUUUUACACACUUACCAUCAUGGCGCUACCGCGUUACUCUGCUAUACCCAGUUGGUCGGUACAACUCCUAUUUCGUGGGUCCCAAUCAGCUUGAAUUUGUUUGUCCAUGUCGUCAUGUAUUGGUAUUAUUUCUUGGCUGCUAGAGGUAUCAGAGUUUGGUGGAAAGAAUGGGUCACCAGGUUCCAAAUUAUCCAGUUCUUGAUUGACCUCGGCUUUAUCUAUUUUGCAGUUUACAUCAAGGUCAUGUCCGGAAUCGACACAAAAUACACAGCAGGAUUGACUUGCUCUGGUACAAAAAUUGCAACCAUAUCCGGCUGUUCCAUCAUCUCCUCCUAUCUCUUUUUAUUCAUUGCCUUCUACAUUGAGGUGUACAGGAAAUCCUCCAAGAAGGCCAAGGUCGUCAAGAAGGUCAGAGGUGGCGUUGCUGCUAAAGUUAAUGAGUAUGUCCUCUUGGACAAGAAGACAAUCCAGGAGAACUUUGACUCAAAUACAGGCUCUCCAAUUCCAACUAGGAGACGUACUGGUAAAAAGUUACAAUAG